UGCCUUCAGCCCAUUUUCAGUUUUCUCACCGAAGUAGAAAUCUCUCUCUCUCUCUCUCUCUCUCUCUCUGCAAUCUGCACACAAAUCCCCAAAACCCCAUUGUCCUUCUCUUUUCAUCUCUAUCCAAGAGUCCUUUCAAUUUCAUGGAGCUUGUGGGCAGAGCUGUGGAGAAAACCUUCCAUGGCCUUGGGACCUUCUCCGGCAUCGUCGAUUCCUACAACUCAUCUUCCGGCUUCUACACAAUCCUCUACGAAGACGGAGAGUCGGAGGAGAUGGACACCGCUGGCGUCAAAUCGAUCUUGCAAGGACCCGAGGAAUUGUUCCCGGUGCAGAUCCAGAAGCAGCGGCGCGGGCGGGGGCCAAAGAAACGGCGGCGGGGUGCAGUGCGGAGCGCUUAUUCAGGUAAUCCCCCAGACACUGAAAUGAGAGAGAGUGGCCGGGGAGAAACCCAGUUGGGAAAUGGUAGUUCUGAUAGCUGGUGCUCGGGAAUUCUGGAGAAGGGCGGGGGUUGUUUUGGGAAUUUGAAGGGGAACGGUUCUGUUGAGGCUGCGGAAGGGGCGGAGGGUUUAUCACGGUUGGAAGAAGGUAGUGUUGGGAGGGAGGUUUCGGAAAUUGUGGAGAAGGGCAGUGGGUAUUUUGGGAAUUCGGAGGAAAGUGCGUCAGCUGACGGGAAUAUGAAGGGGAAUGCUUCUUCGGUGGUUGAAGAAACCCGGAUGAGAGCUGAUGGUUUCGAUGGGAAUUUGGUGGAAAAUGCUUCACCUGCGGCUGUUCAUGAACCCCAAAUGAAGGUAUCUGAUUUAGAGGGAGGCUUUAGGGGAAAUUCUUCGUUUGGGGGCAUCAAGAAAAUCCGAAUAGAAGGCAGUGGGAUCAGCUGGGAUUCGAAGGAAAAUGCUUCUAGGGGUGUUGAACAAAUUCAAAUUGAAGAGUCUGGGAAUUCGGUGGAAAAGGCUGCACGUGUGGCUGUUGAUGAACCCCAAAUGAAGGUAUCUGUUUUGGAGGGAGGUUUUAGGGGAAAUACUUUGUUUGGGGGUGUUGAGAAAAACCGAAUAGAAGGCAGUGGGAUCAGCUGGGAUUUGAAGGAAAAUGCUUCUAGGGGUGUUGAACAAAUUCAAAUUAAAGAGUCUGGGAAUGCUUUAUUUGGAGCUGUUGGAGACACUGAAAUGAUAGGUGGCAGUUUUGAUGGAAAAUUGAAGGAAAGUGAUAUUUCUGGGGUCGACGGAGGAACCCGCAUGGAUAGUAUUUGCUUUAGCAAAGAUUUGAAGGAAAAUGCUUCUUCAGGGGCUGUUGAAGAUGCUGAAGUCAAAAGUGGUGGUUUAGGUGGGGAUUUGAAAGGCAAUACUUUUUCUGGGGUUGUUGAAAAAACUGAAACAAGGUGUCAUGGUUUUAGUGAAGAUUUGAAGGAUAAUACUUCAUUUAGAUCGGUUGAAGGCCCUGAAAUGAAGGGUGGCGGUCUCAUUGGAAAUUUGAAGGAAAAGGCUUUCUCUGGGUUUGUUGAAAAAACCCAAUCGGAGGGUAGUGGUUUCGGUGGAGGCCUGAAGAAAAGUGCUCCUUUAGGAGCUGUGGAAGACAUGCAAGAAAAAGGUAGUGGUUCUGAUGGAGAUUUGAAGGGGGAUGUUUCUUCUGGAUUUGUGGAAGAUACCCAAACGAAGGAUAGUAGUUUUGAUGAAUUUCAAACGAAGGAAAGUAAUAUUCAAAGCCUGGAUAUGGAAGGACAUGGCCGAAGGAAAAAAAGGAGACUGUCGGAGCAAUUGAAAUCCACACCUGAGAUGGCAUUGAGGAGAAGUGCUCGCAGAGCGACAGCUACGUUGUCGUCUUCUCCAGAUCCCAUUUUGGGCGUGGAGGAAUUACCUGCAGGUAACACUGUGUCAGCUGGGAUAUGUGUUGGUUUGGAUCAGAUUAAAACUGAAGAGCUGAACAACCCUCCUUCAAAGCUGGAAUUGCCCCCUUCAUCCAAGAAUUUGACUAUAGAUGAGCUUCCUAUACUCGAUUUUUUCUCUGUUUAUGCUUGUUUGAGGUCAUUCAGUACUGUGCUAUUUUUAAGUCCCUUUAGUUUGGAAGCUUUUGUGGCAGCGCUGAAAUGCAACUUUGCUAAUUCCUUAAUAGAUUCCAUACAUAUGUCUAUCUUACAAACUCUGAAACUGCAUCUGGAUUUCCUUUCUAAUGAGGGCUCUGAGUCUGCUUCUGAUUGCCUAAGGAGUAUCAAUUGGGGUUUAUUGGACUUGAUUACAUGGCCUGUUUAUUUGGUUGAGUAUCUAAUUUUUCGUGGUUCGGGAUUGAAGUCGGGUUUCGAGCUUCGUCAUUUGAAGCUCUUGAAUGGCGAAUACUAUAAACAGUUGCCAUCAGUAAAGCUUGAGAUACUUCGGUGUCUAUGUGAUGAUGUUGUUGAAGUGGAAGCCAUAAGGUUAGAGCUUAACAGAAGAACGUUGUCAUCUGAAUUGGAGACAGACACUGAUCGAAACGUGAACAUUGAGAAUUACUCCAAAAGAAUGGAUUCUGUGGACGAUUUGGGCAGUUCUUGUUUGACCCAAGAGGUUGUUGAUGGCUCGGUUGACCCAAAUAGUGAUGAAUGCUGCCUUUGUAAGAUGGAUGGAAGCUUAAUCUGCUGUGAUGGUUGCCCUGCUGCAUAUCAUUCAAGGUGUGUGGGGAUGGCCAAGGAUCUUUUGCCAGAAGGUGAUUGGUAUUGUCCUGAGUGCAUGGUGGAUAAACAUGAUGGAUGGAUAAAGUCAUCAAAGCCUCUCCAAGGAGCAGAGCUUUUGGGAAUUGAUCCCCAUGGACGCCUAUAUUUUGCUACCGGUGGCUAUCUUUUGGUGUCAGGUUCAGGUGAUGCAGAGUCGUCAUAUUACUAUUACAAUAGGAAUGAUUUGAGCAUAGUCAUUGAAGCAUUAAAGUCAUCUGAUACUUCUUAUGGUAGCAUAAUAACCGCAAUCUCCACGCAUUGGGGCCCUCCCGUCCACUGCACUGAAGCAAAAGGUCAUUCUGACAGCGGACCUCAAACCGUACCUACAGGCUUGGAAAUGGACAGUGAAACCUGUAUAACCAAUCUGUUAUCUCCAUCCCCACCACAUUCAAAGCAGGAGAUGGUCAAAGGAGGGGAGGUUGUUGAUGAAAGAAAAUCUAAGGAAAUUUCUGUUACAUGUGAAGAUUUGGACCUUCAAAACUGUAAGGCUUCAGAGCCCAUACGGAGGCUUGAUUCAGUCUCCGCAAUUCAGUUAAUGGAGAUUGCAAGCCCAUUUGCAAGCUCUGAAGGGUCUGCAGAGAUGUCACAAGCGACCGCAUGCAUUCCUGUAUUGGCUCGAGAAACUGGGGCAGAACAGUCCCUGAAAUCCAACAUUGCUAACUCAAUUGAGAUUAAGGGCCCAGAAGAAAUACAUCCUGCCCCUACAGCAUUGGUAAUCAACCCGAGUAAAGGGUCAACUUCUCAAACGCAACUGGAACCCGUUUGCUACAUUAACUAUUACAGUUUUGGUCAGAUGGCUUCGUCUGUUGCUGAAGAACUGACCAGCAAAUCAUCCAAUUGCAUAAAGGAUGAUUCGAAGAAGCCUGCUGAAGAGAUAAUCUCAGCACAACUUAAGGCCAUAUCGAAGAAGUCCACAAACUUUUCAUGGUCGAGCAUCCAUAAGCUGCAUUUGGAAGCAGAAAAGGAAAAAUGUGGGUGGUGCUUCUCUUGUAAAAAUCCCAGUGACCGAGAUUGUUUGUUUAACACUACUGAGACAAAGGUUUCAGAUGGUCCGAAAGUUGGGGCAGUUGGCCUCCGUUCUAAAAGGAAUUGGAAGAGCCAUCUGAUUUCUGUCAAGCAUCAUAUUCUCUCCAUUGAAGAUCGUCUGCGGGGGCUUCUAUCAGGUCCAUGGGAGAAACCACAUCACAGUAAGCAGUGGCGGAAAAACAUUCUCAAGGCACCGGAUGUCGCGUCUGUGAAACCUCUUCUGCUUACAUUAGAGUUGAAUUUGCGGCGUGUUGCACUUUCAACAGAAUGGUUGAAACAAGUGGAUUCUGCGGUUACGGUGGGAUCGGCAUCUUAUGUUUUGACCAUUUCAGAUCCUGUAUUAUCAAAGCAUGGUGGUGGUAGAAAGUUGGCAAGAAAGAAUAAUUCGGUUACUACAUCGAAUCUUACUUCUACUGUGGUAGGUAUCUACUGGUGGAGGGGUGGAAGGCUAUCUCGCCAAGUAUUUCAUUGGAAGGUGUUGCCACAAUCGUUGGCUUUCAAGGGUGGCCGACAAGCUGGAUGUAGAAAGAUACCUGGCGUAUUGUAUCCUGAUGGCUCAGAGUUCUCCAAGAGGUGCAAAUGCAUUGCUUGGCGAGCAGCUGUUGAGAGGUCGAUAUGUGUGGCGCAGCUUGCUUACCAGGUUAGAGAUCUUGAGUUGAAUAUUAAGUGGAAUGAUCUGGUCAACACUCAACUUUUCCCUCAGUUGGCCAAGGAAUCUAAAAAAUUGGCGAGGCCAUUGAAGAAGGUGACUAUCCGAAGGAAGUGCAUUGAGGGAACGGAGGUGAAGUAUUUACUUGAUUUUGGCAAGAGGAAAACCAUCCCCAAUACUGUCACUAAACAUGGAGUAAUGCUUGAGGAACCGUCGAGUGAGAAGAAGAAAUUUUGGCUGAGUGAGUCUUAUGUUCCUUUAAAGCUCUUGAAGGCGUACGAAGAGAAAAAGCAGGCCCGCAUAAUCAGUAAAGAAAGCCCCACGCUACUUCCCGACGAGGGAAGCAAAAUAAAGAAGCCUCCUCGGCAGAAAGGACUCUCACACCUAUUUUCCAGAGCAGAAAAAGUUGAGGAAUAUCGUUGUGGGCACUGUAACAAAGAUGUGAUCGUCAGGGAGGCUGUGAACUGCCAGUUCUGUAAAGGGUUUUUCCACAAAAAGCAUACCAGGUUGUGUAAAGGCGCUACCAAUUCCAAUCGUACAUAUGCAUGUUACAAAUGUCAGGAUAAGAAAAAUCUGAAGAUAAAAACCAAAAGCCCUAAGGUAAAAACAGAAGGGAGUAAAGUCGCAGCAAGAAGCCUUAAGGUACUACAGGCAGAUGGGAGUAACGUCACAACCAAAAGCCUUAAAGUAAAGUUGGGAGGGAAUGAAGUCACGACUGAAAGCCUUGAAGUUCAGGCAGAAAGCAGGAAAAUUACGACCAAAAGCCACAAAAAACAAUUGAAAAGGAGCAAAAUUAUGGAUAAAAAUUCCAGAGCACAAUCAGGAAGGUUGAAGAUCACAACCAACAGCUGCAGAGUGCAAGUGGAAAGGACUAAAAUCACAUGCAGUAGCUCCAAAGAAACAACCAAAAACAACAAAGUGCGACUAGAAAUGAUCAAAAUCCCAGAAGUUCGACGAUCGCAACGUUCAGUAAAGAAAGUAAGCUACAUGCUAGAUCCGAUGCAAAGUACAAAGCGUGCUGGACCCAAGAAAGGCAAGAAGGUUCAGAUUAAAAGAAAAACGUCUAAGAAAUCUAAGAAUGGCAUUGGUCGCUGCAAGGGGAAGAGAACAAGGGCUUUUCAUGCUUACUGGCUCAAAGGAGUUCUGUGGACACGAAAGUCAUGUGAUGAACGCGGAAUUCAAUUCAGAGAAAGCAAAGUUCUUCUACCAUCACAACAAUCAAAAGAUACUUUUCAGCAACCUGCAUGUGGUCUUUGUCAUGAAGGAUAUGAUUUGAGAUUUACCUACAUUGCUUGUGAAAUCUGUGAAGAGUGGUUUCAUGGAGAUGCCUUUGGGCUUACUAUGAAGAACACCAAUAACCUGCUUGGGUUCAAGUGUCACAAUUGCCUCAAGAGGAGCCCUCCUGUGUGUCCACAUUUGAGGGAUGCUCAAUUGCAUAAUGAGAAACAUGAUGAAGCAAGGAUUGAAUCCAUUAAAGAUUUAUCUGAAGAUGACAAGCAUCCAUGCCAGAUAAAUGGAGAUAGAUCACCAUCAAAAGAUGAUUAUUUGGGUUCAUAUGAUAGUGAAGGACCUGUAUGUAAGAAGCAACGGAUAGAUACUGUUCCAGAUUCUAAUAAGGUCGUCAUGUUGGAAGAAUAGCCUAUUACUGUUGGAUCUCAUGAACCAGAAUAUGAUGGGAAGGACAGCAUACAAAUGAUUACAGAAUUGUUGGAACACGAGGAAGAAGGCGGUUCAAAAGAUAACUCCACAAUCCCAAGGUCGCUUGAUGUUGUGAUGAUGUUUACUAACUCUACUGAGUUGCGUCUGCACUCUGCAGACAAUCCAAUCAUAGACGUGAUUGUUAGAUAGUCUGUGAGUGACAAAAUAUACAUUUAUCUUGAUAACUCACAGCAACUUGAAACAUAUGCUCCAACCAUUUCGUGGAUUUCUAAUACUUUAAAAUGAUUUUUCCUUCCGAAAGGUGAUGGGUCUCAUUUAUAGGAAGAGUUCCAGAAGACAUAGGGAAAAGAACCAAUGUGGUUUAUGGCAUCUUUCUUCUGAUUUUAGUGCACUCAGUGAUGGUUGGAGUUAGUGUAGGGGAGUUGCGAUGAGAUUUCAUUGGUUCCACGCACUGUUUUCUGAAAACUAAAACGGGCUGUUUAUAUGUACAAAGGGGUGUAAAAUGCAUAUAUUUCAUACACAAUAUCCAUGCCUCAACCUGGCAUUCUUUAACUCCCAAAUUGGAUGUGUGCCUGCUACUAAUAAUUCAAAAUGAUUGUAUCCACCAAGGACGAAUUAGAAGGCUUUGGGUUCUGCGGUUGAUUGGGAUUCUGGAGAUGGGUCAUUCAAUUCCGAAAGAUUGUUAGGAUCAUCUUAAACAUGAGUGAAAUCUGCGGAGGCCGGAGGAUAGGCAAAGAAGGGAAAAGGGAGUGGCAUUUAAGUUUUUUAGCUUCCCUUUGGGCGAUAAGGUGGGAAAAAAAUCAGCGCUGCUUCAACAGCAAAAUGAGUGGACUAGUGCAAGUGUUCAAUAGGGAAAUUCUUAAUAUGAAGGAUUGGGGGGCAGUUUAGAUCUUUCAAUCUUCCCUUUUGGCUUUUGAGGGGACUUUGUCUGGGGGUUUGUUGUACUUUUGUAUAUUUGUGGGUUUUGGCUUCGGCCUUUUUAUAUUCUAUCGUCAUUGUUCAAAAAAAUAAAAAUAAAUAAAGAAAGAAAGAAAUCUGAGCCAUCCAGGGGACACCGGCCACAUUUUUAAGUUCCCGAAAUACCCUUAAAUUUAAUUAAAGGCCUCUCAUGUCCUUUGAAUUUUCAAUGUUUGGUAUCCUCCAAAAACUAAUUGUGAGGGUAAAAAUGUCUAAACUCUACUCUCGUUAUAUAUAGUAUUGAUAUUUGUAGUUCAUGUAGGUGCCUACUUAUAAAGAAAAGGUAGCCCUUGAUUACACCCACCUUGAUUAAUCUACAUAUUAUCAUUUCUUGAUAUGAGAGUUAUUCUAACAGACCACACUAUUUCAAUUCCAAAAAAAGAAAAAAGGAAAAAAAAAAAAAAGAAAAAGAAAAAGGAAAAGUUUGUAUUUAAACCAAUCAGCUUGGGUGGAGAUAUCCAAUUCCAAAAAAAGAAAAGAAGAAAGUGUAGGUUUCACCAAGGUAUUAAAGCAUAGACAACUACCUUCUUUUGUUUGUAAUUCUAUACCAAAUGUUUGAGAUUUUACCCAGUUGUUUGUAGUGUUACCAGGACACUUCUACUUUUUAGUAUUUUGGCAUGCCAACACUUGGACACUCCAAGACAACAUGCCACUCUAGGAUGUCUAGGUAACACUAGGUCUAGGAUGCAAAUGGAAGUUGAUUGCUCCCUAAUCUGGGGUUGGGUAAAUCAGUUUCAUGGUUAAUGAUUGGAAGAACUCUAGAGGGUAUGAGGGGAAAUCAUCCUCAAACCUUGAGUUUGGACAAGUGGAGCCCCGAGUAAGUGAUUCAAAAUGUGAGUAUAAUGGACUCCACUGUUAGGGAUGCAACUUGGGUUGGGUUGGGGUCAACCUGAACCCCAACCUUGUCAGCCUGAGCUGACCCAUUUUCGUAUUACCCAAACAACUCCGACCUAGGGUUGACCUGCCCCAACUCAUUACAAAUUUUUGGAUUUGGUUAAAGCAUGCAGUUAUGAUUUGUGAUCUUAGCUUCUUUGUCAAGGCUGAAAUCAAGCAAUGAGAAGGGUUUGUAGCAUCAUCAACAAUGUUGCAGAGUACUUUGGAGGAAUGAUGCUUGGUCUACCAGCCAAUUGGUUGUUGUCCGAGAAAUGGGGGUGGAGAGUAUGAUGACAAGGUGGAGAAUGGAAGAGAUAGGUUCUGUGAUGGGAGGCAAGGGGGAUGUUGUGCUCCUCUGGAAUCAUUGGGAGGGGUAGAUGACAUGGAAAGGUGUAGUGCUGUGGAGGACCACUUUCUCUGGUGGAGUGUAGAUUAAUGAAUCCUAAUGGAAACUUGUGGGUACGUCGUAGCCGGGUAGUGAUGCAACAGAUGGCAAUGGGAAAGAUAUUAGCUGUCCGUCAUUUUCAAAAUUCAAGUCUUUCUCUAAUGGAGUGCGAAUCAAUGAAUCCUAACGGAAACUUGCAGGUACGUGGUAGCUGGGUCCUGAUGCAACAGAUGGCGAUGGGAAAUAAUACUAGCUCUCUGUCAUUUUCAAAUUUCAAAAGUCGCAGUGAGCCUCAUGGAGUGGGGUUGGGGGUAAAUUGAAGUUGAUCUCUCUGUAAUUUGGGGUUGGGGCUAAAUCAAUUUCAUGGUUAAAUGGUUGGAAGAACUCUAGAGGGUACGAGGGAAUAUCCAUUUUAUCCUUGAGCUGAGUUUGGGGUUUGGACAAGUGGGGCCCACGAGUCAGUGAUUUGAAUUGUAAGUAUAAUGGACUCCACCAAUAGGGUUGCAACUUGGGUUGGGUUGGGGUCAACCCGAAUGUAAUGAGUCGGGUUUGUGAGGAACAUACUAGUGUGAUCAUGAAGCAGAAUGAAAUGUGUCGUGUGGGUGGGAGACCUCAAUUUGUGAUUUCUCAUAUGAAAAAGGGUGGGUGGCAGAAUUACUCCAUGCAUGCGUGAUAGUCAUGAAUUGAUGGAUCUUUCAAUCAUGGGUUGUUGAUUCACCUAGUCUAGCAAUCAAGAAGAUGCAAUCAUGUACCCAUACCAUGUACCAGGUUUCCAAUAUGUACAAUCAACAUGACCCAAAUCGCACAUUGAGAAGCAAUAAGGGAAAGAUGAAUACAUAAGAAAACACAAAAUUGCAGUAUUGAGGUCCAUGAUGGAGAAGACAAGCUGAAAAUUUUCACUAUGUAGAAGUGUGGUAGUACAAGCAAGAGCCACCUUUUCAGAUAUGCUUAACCAUAAUCCUAUUAAAAAUGGGUUACACUCUGUACUAAAAAUAAAUCUUGAAAAUUUUGGAAAAAUACUUAUCUUGAGGUUCAUAUAAUUCCUCCAGGGAAGGAAACUGAAUCUUUUAUUCGUUCAAGGAAGAAUUUAUUAUGCUGAUACUUUUCAUACUUAGAAGUUGAGUCACCAACUGACCUUUUUAAUCAGAUAACUUGAUCAUUUACCAGUACUCUUCAUUCACAAUGGUUAUGAACAGGAUUCAGUACCUCAAGAAUCAUUAGGUGUUCAGCAUCUCAUAUUCACGUUAUGAUUGAUGCUCAAAAUGCCCUUUGAAUGAACUUAAUUGUUUAUUGUCAUUAUAGUAUCCUGGAACUCACUUGAUGUUUCUGCUGUAGAGGAAAUAUUCUAUGCUAAAGACUCAAUGAAAGUCUCUCUCUCUCUCUCUCUCUCUCUCUCUCUCUCUCUCUCUCUCUCUCUCUCUUUACAUGCACACACUCAUGCACUCACACCAUAGUGGGAUUUCACCACAAUGUAUACUCGAACCCAUGAUCUUGUGUUGAAAUUCUUGUGAGUCUACCAUUGAAGCAUGAGUAAGGACCCCAAUGAAAGUAUAUCUUUGUUCAACCAACAAACCAUGCUUGUGUCCACCUUUCAUCGGGUGGCAACCUAUACUAAACAAGUCAAGCCGCAAGUAAGCCACCAAAUAGGACUACCCAUAUGAUUGGCAAUUUCCUCAUGGAAUAUGGAUAGCUCACCAAACUAUCAAUUCACAGGCCAUCUAUCAGGCAGUUAAGAUCAUCAUAUGGAGGGGAGUUUUGGGUUAUGGCCAAGCUAUUGUGGAUCAAUGUUGUGGAUUAAAUGAAUUUGGGUCCAACCUACACAGUGGCUAGGAUGAACCGCAAUAUGCUGUUUCAUAACUUACAUUCCUUGUGCAUCAUACCUCUUCUUCGAUUUGGGUACUUGAAAUCCAGUAAGAUUCUGAUACCAUUUUCUUUUGUUCCCUUGUAGGUACCAAAAGCACGUCGUGAUGGUGGGUUUGGUUUGGUAUGAAUCAGGGAUCUUAUGAUUUUUCUGUAGCUGAUGUAAAUCCACCAGAA